AUGAAUACCACAGAAAGAGAACUCCAACCUGGCUUCAGGAGGAGCCGUAUGACAUCCGUAAAAGGUCCCAGAACUAGAAGUGUUGUAACAUUUAAUCCAACAACUAUUAGCCCAGGUGAAGAGCUGUACAUUAACAUCCCUAAACUAAAGCCUGACUCUUGUUUAGUUCCAGGAUCACUUGCACUAUUAUUUGACUUCAAAAAUUCCAAUACAAAAAGCCGAUUUAAUAAUAACCUGGCUAAGUUGAUAGCUAAACGUCUUCAGAUUAAAGUAGCAGGUGAAACAGCUUAUGACUGUUCAGGAGAGAGUUUGUACGAAAUAUACAAAGAUCUAUGGCUAACACUAGGUGACAGAAAUAAGAUGACAGAACAGGGCCUUGCAAGUGAGAAUCUCAGGAAGUUAAUAUCAGGUGAUGACUCGGGAGUAAAAGUAGGUGAUGCUAGUAAAGUAGCAGAUGCACUUCUCCACAGUGUGUACGGUUCCAAGCUGAGAAAACCAAUUGAUAAAAUAAUUGCAGACCAUGGACUCUACACACCGUUCUUCAUGAAUAACAAUCCUAUGUACAUCCUCACACUCCCACAAUCAGAUGAGAUUAUGACUGCUCAAGGAGGUGAAGCUAAGGGUAAUUAUAAACUUGAUAAUCUUGAGUUAGAAUAUGAGACCAUUGAGAAUGACACCCUUGCGAGUGAAGUAUCAAGGAUGUAUUCAACAGGUCGCUCACUGUCAUACAAACACGUAACUCUUAUGCGUACAAGUAAUUGGGACAAAGAUCUUACCAUUGUCAAAGAAAACAUUAAUAUCCCCAGGAAGAGCAUGUCAGCAAUUGUCCUCCUAUUUACCAGUAGAGUGAGGACUGACAGUGAAGAAUAUAUUUACCCAAACAUUGAUAAAGUGAACCUGACCAUUGAAGGUGUGCCCAAUGCAGUUUUUUCCCAAGGACUUCAUAAAAAUAGGUUCUUCGAAGAGGCAAAAAGAUUCUUCUGCCCUAUGUGUGAAAAAUCCAUGGCUGACGCCCAAUGCAGUUUUUUCCCAAGGACUUCAUAAAAAUAGGUUCUUCGAAGAGGCAAAAAGAUUCUUCUGCCCUAUGUGUGAAAAAUCCAUGGCUGACGAAUUUAUGUCCAUCAGCAAGUUCUUCACCAAUGGUUUCGCUCUAGUAAUCGAUCUUAGGUCAACACAAGAUGAUACCACUGGUGGAGGUAAGAAGAUUGUUAACACACAGUCGGGAGUACUCCUGGAAAUCAAAAAGAGAGCCACAACAGCUGACGUUCAAUGCAACAUUUUUAUUGUAUCAGAUGCUCUCCUUAACUUUGCCAACAGAGAUCUAUCAAGUAUUCAAUACUAA